AUGACUCACACAUUCCUGAACAAGCUAAGAAAACUAGGCCCGAAAAAAGAAACUACACAAAUUAUUACUGAACAAGAAGACGACAAAACACCAGUCGUCACAGUGCACACUACACAAGAGCUCACUGACGAAUCCGUAACACCACUCGAUGACUCACACAUUCCUGAACAAGCUAAGGUAGUCGAAGAGCAGCCUGAAGAAGUUAAAGAAACUACACAAAUUAUUACUGAACAAGAAGAUGACAAGACACCAGUUGUCACAGUACACACUACACAAGAACUCACUGACGAAACCGUAACACCUUUAGAUGACUCACACAUUCCUGAACAAGCUAAGGUAGUCGAAGAGCAGCCUGAAGAAGUUAAGCGUACAAUCAGAAAACUAGGACCGAAAAAAGAAACUACACAAAUUAUUACUGAACAAGAAGAUGACAAGAAACCAGUCGUCACAGUACACACUACACAAGAACUCACUGACGAAACCGUAACACCACUCGAUGACUCGCACAUUCCUGAACAAGCUGAGGUAGUAGAAGAGCAGCCUGAAGAAGUCAAAGUGACUGACGUCAUUACCGAAACAGUACACACUACACAAGAACUCACUGACGAUAAACUCACACCACUCGAUGACUUACACAUACCUGAGCAAGCUAAGGUAGUCGAAGAGCAGCCUGAAGAAGUCAAAGUUGCUGAUGUCAUAACUGAAACAGUACACACUACACAAGAACUCACUGACGAUAAACUCACACCACUCGAUGACUUACACAUACCUGAGCAAGCUAAGGUAGUCGAAGAGCAGCCUGAAGAAGUCAAAGUUGCUGAUGUCAUAACUGAAACAGUACACACUACACAAGAACUCACUGACGAUAAACUCACACCACUCGAUGACUUACACAUACCUGAGCAAGCUAAGGUAGUCGAAGAGCAGCCUGAAGAAGUCAAAGUUGCUGAUGUCAUAACUGAAACAGUACACACUACACAAGAACUCACUGACGAUACACUCACACCACUCGAUGACUUACACAUACCUGAGCAAGCUAAGGUAGUCGAAGAGCAGCCUGAAGAAGUCAAAGUUGCUGAUGUCAUAACUGAAACAGUACACACUACACAAGAACUCACUGACGAAACCGUAACACCACUCGAUGACUCGCACAUUCCUGAACAAGCUGAGGUAGUAGAAGAGCAGCCUGAAGAAGUCAAAGUGACUGACGUCAUUACUGAAACAGUACACACUACACAAGAACUCACUGACGAUACACUCACACCACUCGAUGACUUACACAUACCUGAGCAAGCUAAGGUUGUCGAAGAGCAGCCUGAAGAAGUCAAAGUGACUGACGUCAUUACAGAAACAGUACACACUACACAAGAACUCACUGACGAUACACUCACACCACUCGAUGACUUACACAUACCUGAGCAAGCUAAGGUUGUCGAAGAGCAGCCUGAAGAAGUCAAAGUGACUGACGUCAUUACCGAAACAGGUGAGACUAAGAAGGUGAAAACUACUAGACGUGUAAUUAAGAAAGAUAAAGGGAAAAAGAAAGAAGUCACUGAGAUUGUUACAGUCGAGAAAGACGGAGAAGAACCGGUAACAAGCGUCACAGUGAUAGAAGAAAAGUCGCCUGAGGAAGAAGACAUUAAGCCAGUUGAGAUCGUCGAACUUCCAGAAGAGACCACAUUUGAAGAGACAGAAACGCCUGAAGGUAAGCGUAAAGUUAAGAAAAUCAUUAAGCGUACAAUCAAAAAACUAGGCCCGAAACAGGAAACUACACAAAUUAUUACUGAACAAGAAGACGACAAGACACCAGUCGUCACAGUACACACUACACAAGAACUCACUGACGAUACACUCAUACCACUCGAUGACUUACACAUACCUGAGCAAGCUAAGGUUGUCGAAGAGCAGCCUGAAGAAGUCAAAGUGACUGACGUCAUUACAGAAACAGGUGAGACUAAGAAGGUGAAAACUACUAAACGUGUAAUUAAGAAAGAUAAAGGGAAAAAGAAAGAAGUCACUGAGAUUGUUACAGUCGAAAAAGACGGAGAAGAACCGGUAACAAGCGUCACAGUGACAGAAGAAAAGUCGCCUGAGGAAGAAGACAUUAAGCCAGUUGAGAUCGUCGAACUUCCAGAAGAGACAGAAACGCCUGAAGGUAAGCGUAAAGUUAAGAAAAUUAUUAAACGUACAAUCAAAAAACUAGGCCCGAAACAGGAAACUACACAAAUUAUUACUGAACAAGAAGACGACAAGACACCAGUCGUCACAGUACACACUACACAAGAACUCACUGACGAUACACUCACACCACUCGAUGACUUACACAUACCCGAGCAAGCUAAGGUUGUCGAGGUGCAGCCUGAAGAAGUCAAAGUGACUGACGUCAUAACUGAAACAGGUGAGAUUAAGAAGGUGAAAACUACUAAACGUGUAAUUAAGAAAGAUAAAGGGAAAAAGAAAGAAGUCACUGAGAUUGUUACAGUCGAGAAAGACGGAGAAGAACCGGUAACAAGCGUCACAGUGACAGAAGAAAAGUCGCCUGAGGAAGAAGACAUUAAGCCAGUUGAGAUCGUCGAACUUCCAGAAGAGACCACAUUUGAAGAGACAGAAACGCCUGAAGGUAAGCGUAAAGUUAAGAAAAUCAUUAAGCGUACAAUCAAAAAACUAGGCCCGAAACAGGAAACUACACAAAUUAUUACUGAACAAGAAGACGACAAGACACCAGUCGUCACAGUACACACUACACAAGAACUCACUGACGAUACACUCACACCACUCGAUGACUUACACAUACCUGAGCAAGCUAAGGUUGUCGAAGAGCAGCCUGAAGAAGUCAAAGUGACUGACGUCAUAACUGAAACAGGUGAGACUAAGAAGGUGAAAACUACUAAACGUGUAAUUAAGAAAGAUAAAGGGAAAAAGAAAGAAGUCACUGAGAUUGUUACAGUCGAAAAAGACGGAGAAGAACCGGUAACAAGCGUCACAGUGACAGAAGAAAAGUCGCCUGAGGAAGAAGACAUUAAGCCAGUUGAGAUCGUCGAACUUCCAGAAGAGACCACAUUUGAAGAGACAGAAACGCCUGAAGGUAAGCGUAAAGUUAAGAAAAUUAUUAAACGUACAAUCAAAAAACUAGGCCCGAAACAGGAAACUACACAAAUUAUUACUGAACAAGAAGACGACAAGACACCAGUCGUCACAGUACACACUACACAAGAACUCACUGACGAUACACUCACACCACUCGAUGACUUACACAUACCCGAGCAAGCUAAGGUUGUCGAGGUGCAGCCUGAAGAAGUCAAAGUGACUGACGUCAUAACUGAAACAGGUGAGAUUAAGAAGGUGAAAACUACUAAACGUGUAAUUAAGAAAGAUAAAGGAAAAAAGAAAGAAGUCACUGAGAUUGUUACAGUCGAGAAAGACGGAGAAGAACCGGUAACAAGCGUCACAGUGACAGAAGAAAAGUCGCCUGAGGAAGAAGACAUUAAGCCAGUUGAGAUCGUCGAACUUCCAGAAGAGACCACAUUUGAAGAGACAGAAACGCCUGAAGGUAAGCGUAAAGUUAAGAAAAUCAUUAAGCGUACAAUCAAAAAACUAGGCCCGAAACAGGAAACUACACAAAUUAUUACUGAACAAGAAGACGACAAGACACCAGUCGUCACAGUACACACUACACAAGAACUCACUGACGAUACACUCACACCACUCGAUGACUUACACAUACCUGAGCAAGCUAAGGUUGUCGAAGAGCAGCCUGAAGAAGUCAAAGUGACUGACGUCAUUACAGAAACAGGUGAGCCUAAGAAGGUGAAAACUACUAAACGUGUAAUUAAGAAAGAUAAAGGGAAAAAGAAAGAAGUCACUGAGAUUGUUACAGUCGAGAAAGACGGAGAAGAACCGGUAACAAGCGUCACAGUGAUAGAAGAAAAGUCGCCUGAGGAAGAAGACAUUAAGCCAGUUGAGAUCGUCGAACUUCCAGAAGAGACCACAUUUGAAGAGACAGAAACGCCUGAAGGUAAGCGUAAAGUUAAGAAAAUCGUUAAGCGUACAAUCAAAAAACUAGGCCCGAAACAGGAAACUACACAAAUUAUUACUGAACAAGAAGACGACAAGACACCAGUCGUCACAGUACACACUACACAAGAACUCACUGACGAUACACUCACACCACUCGAUGACUUACACAUACCUGAGCAAGCUAAGGUUGUCGAAGAGCAGCCUGAAGAAGUCAAAGUGACUGACGUCAUUACAGAAACAGGUGAGACUAAGAAGGUGAAAACUACUAAACGUGUAAUUAAGAAAGAUAAAGGGAAAAAGAAAGAAGUCACUGAGAUUGUUACAGUCGAAAAAGACGGAGAAGAACCGGUAACAAGCGUCACAGUGACAGAAGAAAAGUCGCCUGAGGAAGAAGACAUUAAGCCAGUUAAGAUCGUCGAACUUCCAGAAGAGACCACAUUUGAAGAGACAGAAACGCCUGAAGGUAAGCGUAAAGUUAAGAAAAUUAUUAAACGUACAAUCAAAAAACUAGGCCCGAAACAGGAAACUACACAAAUUAUUACUGAACAAGAAGACGACAAGACACCAGUCGUCACAGUACACACUACACAAGAACUCACUGACGAUACACUCACACCACUCGAUGACUUACACAUACCUGAGCAAGCUAAGGUUGUCGAGGUGCAGCCUGAAGAAGUCAAAGUGACUGACGUCAUAACUGAAACAGGUGAGACUAAGAAGGUGAAAACUACUAAACGUGUAAUUAAGAAAGAUAAAGGAAAAAAGAAAGAAGUCACUGAGAUUGUUACAGUCGAGAAAGACGGAGAAGAACCGGUAACAAGCGUCACAGUGACAGAAGAAAAGUCGCCUGAGGAAGAAGACAUUAAGCCAGUUGAGAUCGUCGAACUUCCAGAAGAGACCACAUUUGAAGAGACAGAAACGCCUGAAGGUAAGCGCAAAGUUAAAAAAAUCACUAAGCGUACAAUCAGAAAACUAGGCCCGAAAAAAGAAACUACACAAAUUAUUACUGAACAAGAAGACGACAAAACACCAGUCGUCACAGUACACACUACACAAGAACUCACUGACGAUACACUCACACCACUCGAUGACUUACACAUACCCGAGCAAGCUAAGGUUGUCGAGGUGCAGCCUGAAGAAUCGCCUGAGGAAGAAGACAUGAAGCCAGUUGAGAUCGUCGAACUUCCAGAAGAGACCACAUUUGAAGAGACAGAAACGCCUGAAGGUAAGCGUAAAGUUAAGAAAAUUAUUAAACGUACAAUCAAAAAACUAGGCCCGAAACAGGAAACUACACAAAUUAUUACUGAACAAGAAGACGACAAGACACCAGUCGUCACAGUACACACUACACAAGAACUCACUGACGAUACACUCACACCACUCGAUGACUUACACAUACCUGAGCAAGCUAAGGUUGUCGAGGUGCAGCCUGAAGAAGUCAAAGUGACUGACGUCAUAACUGAAACAGGUGAGACUAAGAAGGUGAAAACUACUAAACGUGUAAUUAAGAAAGAUAAAGGAAAAAAGAAAGAAGUCACUGAGAUUGUUACAGUCGAGAAAGACGGAGAAGAACCGGUAACAAGCGUCACAGUGACAGAAGAAAAGUCGCCUGAGGAAGAAGACAUUAAGCCAGUUGAGAUCGUCGAACUUCCAGAAGAGACCACAUUUGAAGAGACAGAAACGCCUGAAGGUAAGCGUAAAGUUAAGAAAAUCAUUAAGCGUACAAUCAAAAAACUAGGCCCGAAACAGGAAACUACACAAAUUAUUACUGAACAAGAAGACGACAAGACACCAGUCGUCACAGUACACACUACACAAGAUUUCACUGACGAUACACUCACACCACUCGAUGACUUACACAUACCUGAGCAAGCUAAGGUUGUCGAAGAGCAGCCUGAAGAAGUCAAAGUGACUGACGUCAUUACAGAAACAGGUGAGACUAAGAAGGUUAAAACUACUAAACGUGUAAUUAAGAAAGAUAAAGGAAAAAAGAAAGAAGUCACUGAGAUUGUUACAGUCGAGAAAGACGGAGAAGAACCGGUAACAAGCGUCACAGUGACAGAAGAAAAGUCGCCUGAGGAAGAUGACAUUAAGCCAGUUGAGAUCGUCGAACUUCCAGAAGAGACCACAUUUGAAGAGACAGAAACGCCUGAAGGUAAGCGUAAAGUUAAGAAAAUCGUUAAGCGUACAAUCAAAAAACUAGGCCCGAAACAGGAAACUACACAAAUUAUUACUGAACAAGAAGACGACAAGACACCAGUCGUCACAGUACACACUACACAAGAACUCACUGACGAUACACUCACACCACUCGAUGACUUACACAUACCUGAGCAAGCUAAGGUUGUCGAAGAGCAGCCUGAAGAAGUCAAAGUGACUGACGUCAUUACAGAAACAGGUGAGACUAAGAAGGUGAAAACUACUAAACGUGUAAUUAAGAAAGAUAAAGGGAAAAAGAAAGAAGUCACUGAGAUUGUUACAGUCGAGAAAGACGGAGAAGAACCGGUAACAAGCGUCACAGUGACAGAAGAAAAGUCGCCUGAGGAAGAAGACAUUAAGCCAGUUGAGAUCGUCGAACUUCCAGAAGAGACCACAUUUGAAGAGACAGAAACGCCUGAAGGUAAGCGUAAAGUUAAGAAAAUUAUUAAACGUACAAUCAAAAAACUAGGCCCGAAACAGGAAACUACACAAAUUAUUACUGAACAAGAAGACGACAAGACACCAGUCGUCACAGUACACACUACACAAGAACUCACUGACGAUACACUCACACCACUCGAUGACUUACACAUACCCGAGCAAGCUAAGGUUGUCGAGGUGCAGCCUGAAGAAGUCAAAGUGACUGACGUCAUAACUGAAACAGGUGAGAUUAAGAAGGUGAAAACUACUAAACGUGUAAUUAAGAAAGAUAAAGGGAAAAACAAAGAAGUCACUGAGAUUGUUACAGUCGAGAAAGACGGAGAAGAACCGGUAACAAGCGUCACAGUGACAGAAGAAAAGUCGCCUGAGGAAGAAGACAUUAAGCCAGUUGAGAUCGUCGAACUUCCAGAAGAGACCACAUUUGAAGAGACAGAAACGCCUGAAGGUAAGCGUAAAGUUAAGAAAAUCGUUAAGCGUACAAUCAAAAAACUAGGCCCGAAACAGGAAACUACACAAAUUAUUACUGAACAAGAAGACGACAAGACACCAGUCGUCACAGUACACACUACACAAGAACUCACUGACGAAACCGUAACACCAUUCGAUGACUCACAUUCACACACAUCAUCACACAUUCCUGAACAAGCUGAGGUAGUAGAAGAGCAGCUUGAAGAAGUCAAAGUGACUGACGUCAUUACUGAAACAGGCGAGACUAAGAAGGUGAAAACUACUAAACAUGUAAUUAAGAAAGAUAAAGGGAAAAAGAAAGAAGUCACUGAGAUUGUUACAGUCGAGAAAGACGGAGAAAAACCGGUAACAAGCGUCACAGUGAUAGAAGAAAAGUCGCCUGAGGAAGAAGACAUUAAGCCAGUUGAGAUCGUCGAACUUCCAGAAGAGACCACAUUUGAAGAGACAGAAACGCCUGAAGGUAAGCGUAAAGUUAAGAAAAUCGUUAAGCGUACAAUCAAAAAACUAGGCCCGAAACAGGAAACUACACAAAUUAUUACUGAACAAGAAGACGACAAGACACCAGUCGUCACAGUACACACUACACAAGAACUCACUGACGAUACACUCACACCACUCGAUGACUUACACAUACCUGAGCAAACUAAGGUUGUCGAAGAGCAGCCUGAAGAAGUCAAAGUGACUGACGUCAUAACUGAAACAGGUGAGAUUAAGAAGGUGAAAACUACUAAACGUGUAAUUAAGAAAGAUAAAGGGAAAAACAAAGAAGUCACUGAGAUUGUUACAGUCGAGAAAGACGGAGAAGAACCGGUAACAAGCGUCACAGUGACAGAAGAAAAGUCGCCUGAGGAAGAAGACAUUAAGCCAGAAACUACACAAAUUAUUACUGAACAAGAAGACGACAAGACACCAGUCGUCACAGUACACACUACACAAGAACUCACUGACGAAACCGUAACACCAUUCGAUGACUCACAUUCACACACAUCAUCACACAUUCCUGAACAAGCUGAGGUAGUAGAAGAGCAGCUUGAAGAAGUCAAAGUGACUGACGUCAUUACUGAAACAGGCGAGACUAAGAAGGUGAAAACUACUAAACAUGUAAUUAAGAAAGAUAAAGGGAAAAAGAAAGAAGUCACUGAGAUUGUUACAGUCGAGAAAGACGGAGAAAAACCGGUAACAAGCGUCACAGUGAUAGAAGAAAAGUCGCCUGAGGAAGAAGACAUUAAGCCAGUUGAGAUCGUCGAACUUCCAGAAGAGACCACAUUUGAAGAGACAGAAACGCCUGAAGGUAAGCGUAAAGUUAAGAAAAUCGUUAAGCGUACAAUCAAAAAACUAGGCCCGAAACAGGAAACUACACAAAUUAUUACUGAACAAGAAGACGACAAGACACCAGUCGUCACAGUACACACUACACAAGAACUCACUGACGAUACACUCACACCACUCGAUGACUUACACAUACCUGAGCAAGCUAAGGUUGUCGAAGAGCAGCCUGAAGAAGUCAAAGUGACUGACGUCAUUACAGAAACAGGUGAGACUAAGAAGGUUAAAACUACUAAACGUGUAAUUAAGAAAGAUAAAGGGAAAAAGAAAGAAGUCACUGAGAUUGUUACAGUCGAGAAAGACGGAGAAGAACCGGUAACAAGCGUCACAGUGAUAGAAGAAAAGUCGCCUGAGGAAGAAGACAUUAAGCCAGUUGAGAUCGUCGAACUUCCAGAAGAGACCACAUUUGAAGAGACAGGAACGCCUGAAGGUAAGCGUAAAGUUAAGAAAAUUAUUAAACGUACAAUCAAAAAACUAGGCCCGAAACAGGAAACUACACAAAUUAUUACUGAACAAGAAGACGACAAGACACCAGUCGUCACAGUACACACUACACAAGAACUCACUGACGAUACAUUCACACCACUCGAUGACUUACACAUACCCGAGCAAGCUAAGGUUGUCGAGGUGCAGCCUGAAGAAGUCAAAGUGACUGACGUCAUAACUGAAACAGGUGAGAUUAAGAAGGUGAAAACUACUAAACGUGUAAUUAAGAAAGAUAAAGGGAAAAAGAAAGAAGUCACUGAGAUUGUUACAGUCGAGAAAGACGGAGAAGAACCAGUAACAAGCGUCACAGUGACAGAAGAAAAGUCGCCUGAGGAAGAAGACAUUAAGCCAGUUGGGAUCGUCGAACUUCCAGAAGAGACCACAUUUGAAGAGACAGAAACGCCUGAAGGUAAGCAUAAAGUUAAGAAAAUCAUUAAGUGUACAAUCAAAACACUAGGCCCGAAACAGGAAACUACACAAAUUAUUACUGAACAAGAAGACGACAAGACACCAGUCGUCCCAGUACACACUACACAAGAACUCACUGACGAAACCGUAACACCAUUCGACGACUCACAUUCACACACAUCAUCACACAUUCCUGAACAAGCUGAGGUAGUAGAAGAGCAGCUUGAAGAAGUCAAAGUGACUGACGUCAUUACUGAAACAGGCGAGACUAAGAAGGUGAAAACUACUAAACAUGUAAUUAAGAAAGAUAAAGGGAAAAAGAAAGAAGUCACUGAGAUUGUUACAGUCAAGAAAGACGGAGAAGAACCAGUAACAAGCGUCACAGUGACAGAAGAAAAGUCGCCUGAGGAAGAAGACAUUAAGCCAGUUGGGAUCGUCGAACUUCCAGAAGAGACCACAUUUGAAGAGACAGAAACGCCUGAAGGUAAGCAUAAAGUUAAGAAAAUCAUUAAGUGUACAAUCAAAACACUAGGCCCGAAACAGGAAACUACACAAAUUAUUACUGAACAAGAAGACGACAAGACACCAGUCGUCACAGUACACACUACACAAGAACUCACUGACGAUACACUCACACCACUCGAUGACUUACACAUACCUGAGCAAGCUAAGGUUGUCGAAGAGCAGCCUGAAGAAGUCAAAGUGACUGACGUCAUUACUGAAACAGGUGAGACUAAGAAGUUGAAAACUACUAAACAUGUAAUUAAGAAAGAUAAAGGGAAAAAGAAAGAAGUCGCUGAGAUUGUUACAGUCGAGAAAGACGGAGAAGAACCGGUAACAAGCGUCACAGUGACAGAAGAAAAGUCGCCUGAGGAAGAAGACAUUAAGCCAGUUGAGAUCGUCGAACUUCCAGAAGAGACCACAUUUGAAGAGACAGAAACGCCUGAAGGUAAGCGUAAAGUUAAGAAAAUCAUUAAGCGUACAAUCAAAAAACUAGGCCUGAAACAGGAAACUACACAAAUUAUUACUGAACAAGAAGACGACAAGACACCAGUCGUCACAGUACACACUACACAAGAACUCACUGACGACACCGUAACACCGCUCGAUGACUCACAUUCACACACAUCAUCACACAUUCCUGAACAAGCUGAGGUAGUAGAAGAGCAGCCUGAAGAAUUCAAAGUGGCUGACGUCAUAACUGAAACAGGUGAGACUAAAAAGGUUAAAACUACUAAACGUGUAAUUAAGAAGGAUAAAGGGAAAAAGAAAGAAGACACUGAGAUUGUUACAGUCGAGAAAGACGGAGAAGAACCGGUAACAAGCGUCACAGUGACAGAAGAAAAGUCGUCUGAGGAAGAAGACAUUAAGCCAGUUGAGAUCGUCGAACUUCCAGAAGAGACCACAUUUGAAGAGACAGAAACGCCUGAAGGUAAGCGUAAAGUUAAGAAAAUCAUUAAGCGUACAAUCAAAAAACUAGGCCCGAAACAGGAAACUACACAAAUUAUUACUGAACAAGAAGACGACAAGACACCAGUCGUCACAGUACACACUACACAAGAACUCACUGACGAAACCGUAACACCGCUCGAUGACUCACAUUCACACACAUCAUCACACAUUCCUGAACAAGCUGAGGUAGUAGAAGAGCAGCCUGAAGAAGUCAAAGUGGCUGACGUCAUAACUGAAACAGGUGAGACUAAAAAGGUUAAAACUACUAAACGUGUAAUUAAGAAGGAUAAAGGGAAAAAGAAAGAAGACACUGAGAUUGUUACAGUCGAGAAAGACGGAGAAGAACCGGUAACAAGCGUCACAGUGACAGAAGAAAAGUCGCCUGAGGAAGAAGACAUUAAGCCAUUUGAGAUUGUCGAACUUCCAGAAGAGACGACAUUUGAAGAGACAGAAACGCCUGAAGGUCAGCUUAAAGUAAAGAAAAUCACUAAGCGUACUAUUAAAAAACUAGGCCCGAAACAGGAAACUACACAAAUUAUUACUGAACAAGAAGACGACAAGACACCAGUCGUCACAGUACACACUACACAAGAGAUUACUGACGAAACACCCACACCACUCGAUGACUCACACAUUCCUGAACAAGCUAAGAUUGUCGAAGAGCAGCCUGAAGAAGUUAAAGUGACUGACGUCAUAAAUGAAACAGGUGAGACUAAGAAGGUGAAAACUACUAAACGUGUAAUUAAGAAAGAUAAAGGAAAAAAGAAAGAAGUCACUGAGAUUGUUACAGUCGAGAAAGACGGAGAAGAACCGGUAACAAGCGUCAUAGUGACAGAAGAGAAGUCGCCUGAGGAAGAAGACAUUAAGCCAGUUGAGAUCGUCGAACUUCCAGAAGAGACCACAUUUGAAGAGACACAAACGCCUGAAGAUUCUUUUGCAUCUAAAAAAUAUGAAGAAGCUAAAACGCCAGAAACUUCGAUGGAUGAAUAUAAAGAAAAAAGUCCAGAAAUUGUUCAGGAAAUUACCACUAAAUUGCCUAAAACCAAGAAACCUCUAAAACUUCUCGAAUUAGAGCGUGGUUCUAUCAAACCUGAUGAAGCUCAGUUUCCAGUAGAAACAGAACAACCACAGUUUUCUAAAAUAAAACUUAAGAAACCAGAAAUAAAACCUAAAAAAGAACAAGCUUCCAUUGUUUUACCUAGAGUUCAGCUAAAAAGUAGAAUUAAGUUUGUUACUGAUUGGCCACCAAAUGAUGAAAAACCGAUUGUUACAUAUCUAAACAGUGUGAGACAAAACGGAGAAGUUUCAAGAAAUAUCAAAGAAGCUGCAAAACUGAAAAAGAAAAAGAUAAAACUUCCUGAAAUUCCUGAUUUACCGAAAACAGAAUUAGAAAAGCCAGAUAUAGUAGAUUAUAUUAGAGAAGACAUACAAGUGUACCCUGACGAAACUGUUAAAGAUGUUAUUUCUGUUAGUGAAUAUCCUGAUGAAGAAGUAGCAGAGAAAUCAGAUUAUAAAGAGAUUCUACCAUCUGAAGUACCUUUAGUGAAACCAAUUGUUAAGAAUAAAACUAAAUUGAAACCAAUGACAAUUGAAGAAAGAGUUAUAGAGCCAAGCAUGCCCCAAUUUGCAGAAACGAUAGAAGAACCGCAAUUUAAAAAAAUACAACUCAAAAAAGGUGUUAUAAAAGCUAAAAAAGAAAGCUCAGUUGUAAAAAUACCAAAAAUCCAACUUAAAAGUCGCUUAAAAUUUGUGACUGAUUGGCCGCCUGAAAUCAUUAAACCUAAUAUAUCAUUAUUAGACUGCGUUCGACAAAACGGAAUUCUAUCCAGAAAUAUAAAAGAAGCUGUAAAAAUAAAGAAAGCCCCCUUGAAGGAGCCCGUACUUCCCGAUAUAGAAAAAAUAGAAUUAGAAAAACCCAUGUUUACGCAAGAUGAUAUCAUAGGAAAAAAGAAAACACCAGAAAAAGAUGAAGAAAAGUUACCUAAACAUGCCGAUCAAGAUGAACCUGAACAAUUUACAAUAACACCAAGACGUCCAAGUGUGAAAAAAAUUGAGGAAAUUGUUGAUGAAGUUACUAUCAAAAAGAAACUGAAACCAGUCCGUAAAUCUUCUGUUACACUUCCAGAAAUAACUGAGCCUGAAGAAGUCACUUUCAUUCCUAAAAUAACAAAAACAAAAGAAGAAGUAGAGCAGGAGUUUAAUAUUCAUUUAGAUUCUUAUGAAGAAGAAGAAAUAUCUAUGUCCAGUAAAGUCAAAUUAAAACCACAAAGACAACCCACAUUUAAUGAAGAAGAAAAUGAGGUAUCUAUCAAAGUUUAUGAGGAAAAAGAAGACGAUGGAGAAAAUGUCGUAGAAGUAAUAGAAGGUGAUGUAGAAAAAGAUGAAAGUUCUAAUAUUAUCAUGCCGUUGAAAAGGAAAGAUAAACCAGUGGACAACAUUGUUGAUGAAAUCGUUUCGAGUGUUAUGGUAUCUAAACCGAAAUCUCGUCAUAUCAAAUCUGCUGAAAUUACUGAAGAUGUAACAUUUGAAUUGAAAGAUAAAACACAAUAUCUCACAGAUGAUCAAGAAAUAACGUUUGAUGUUAAAAAACAAAAGGAUCAAUUUACAUCCGAAGAGAUGUCUUUAUCUAGUAAGAUUAAACUAGCACCCAAAAAGAAAUUAACUAUAGGCGAAGCUGGUGAUGAGACAUCUAUACAAAUAGAACAAGAGGUUGAGGACGAUGGCCAAGCAGAAGAAAUAAUCAUCAGUGAAGGUGAAACAGAAGAACGUGUGGAAAUGGUUAUUAAAAGAAAACCAAGAAAACCUACUUACGAGGUCAGUGAAGUUGAAGAACUUAGUGUUGAGCUUAAACCGAAAAAGAUUGACAUUGACUUUGAAGAGGAGCAACUCACUAUAUCGACUAAACGUCUACCCAAAAAACCCUCUGAAAUUCAAGAAGCAGCAGCCUCUAUGAGUUUGGCCAAAGAACAAGAAUUUCCAGCAAGUCCGGCAGACGUGCGCUGUGGAGACACCGUGUUUGCAGUCUACAGCUAUGUGGCUGAAACCGAUGAAGCAAUCAACUUGGUCGAAGGCGAGCGCCUCUAUAUACUAGACACAACAAAUCAGGACUGGUGGUUCGUUCGCAAGCAUCUCACGGAAGAAAAGGGCUGGGUGCCCGCGCAGUAUCUGAUGGACGAAACUAAUUAUACUCUCUACCUGCAGAAGAAACUUAAUGAGAAAAUUGACAAGCUGCCCGUUUUUGAAAAACCAACUUCAGAGGAGAGGGCGAUCGGUCCUAUAUUUGUAGAAAAAUUACGUCCAAAACACACCCCUGACGGUUCGACAGUACAAUUCGAAUGCCAAGUGGAAGGAUAUCCUCGGCCGCAAAUAACUUGGUUCCGACAAACGGCCAUCAUAAAACCUUCGCAAGACUUCCAGAUGUACUAUGACGAUGACAAUGUUGCCACGUUGAUAAUCAGAGAGGUGUUCCCUGAAGACGCAGGCACAUUUACUUGCGUAGCUAAAAACGCGGCUGGUUUCGCAUCCAGUACUGCCGAGUUGACAGUUGACGCACCGCUUUCCGAUCAUGGCUCAGAAAUGGCUCCGUUGUCACGUAAAAGCCUAUCCCGUGAAUCUUCCCUCGCUGAUAUCCUCGAAGGAAUCCCCCCAACUUUCUCCAAACGCCCGAAGGCACAGUACGUGGAUGAAGGUUCGCAAAUAUUCCUAGAGUGCCGCUUAGUCGCUAUCCCCGAACCUGACAUUGCGUGGUUCUUCAAAGGAGAAGAAGUAGUUCCGGAUGAUGAAGUUUCUGUAGCCAUUGAAUCUGACAUGCACAUGUACUGCAGUGUCUUGAAAAUAUCGAACGUUAAAAAGUUCCAAGAGGGAACGUACACAGUAUUAGCAGUAAACAGGGAAGGGGAAGCUAGUUUACCUAUUGUGCUAAAAAUAAAAACGGGUGAAAAAGAAAAGCCUCAAGUCAUCGAACCUCUGAAGAGCAUGACUAUAAGGGAAGGGGAAAGUGUUGUUCUUACUACUCAAGUGGUUGGAAGCCCUGAGCCAAAGGUCACGUGGUAUAAAAAUAAUAAGCCCAUUAAAGAGCCAAUAAAGAAAACCGAUGGCAACAUACAUUCCAUUACGAUAAUCAAACCAAAGAGAGGGAAAGAUGAUGGAGUUUAUUCUCUCAAAGCUACUAACAGCGAAGGGAACGCUGAGACUAGUGCAGUAAUCACAAUUGAAGAACCGACUGAAGAAGACGCUGAACCUCCACUAUUCAUAAAUAGAUUCCAUGAGUUAACUGUAAAAGAAAAGGGCGUAAUACGAUUGAAUGCUAAAGUUACCGGAAACCCCGUGCCAUCGAUUACUUGGUACAGAAAUAACAAUAUACUUACAACUAGUGAUACCGUAACUCAGAACUUCGACGGUGAAAACAUAGAACUGGUUAUAACUAAUGUGGAUUCCGAAGUCGAUUCUGGUGAUUACAAAUGCGUCGCUUCAAACUCUGCUGGUAAAGCGUCUCAUGGAGCAAGAGUCACGAUAGACGUUGAUAAAGUAACAUUCAUUAGGUACCUAAAGAAACGAUAUGAAACGGAGGAAGGCAAGACAGUGGUGCUAGAAUGCGAAACAUCUCAUACAGUUUCUACAAGGUGGUAUCACAACGGUAAGGAACUCAGUGGUAUGGACCAUAGAGAAAUUAUACAAGAAAGCCGAAUACAUAAGCUAAGAAUUAAAAAGAGUAAAUUAACCGAUGAAGGAACUAUAAAAUGUAUCGUCAAAGAUCAAGAAACUGCAACGACAUUAAUAGUGAACGAGACUAUACCUGAAUUCGUUCGUAAGUUGCAAGAUUUCGAAGUCAAGGAGCGAGAUAUCGCCAUACUAGAAGUAGAGAUCAAUUCAGAGACAGCUGACGUCACUUGGGAAAAAGAUGGACGAAUUAUUAAACCCAAGAGAAAUAAGUACGAGAUAGAGAAACGUGGAAACGUUAGGAAGCUUUUCAUAAGAAAUACAUCGGUUCACGAUGAAGGAGAAUAUGCUUGCAAGUUGCGUGACGACGAAUGUACCGCUGAAGUGACCGUCGUAGAGCUGCCUCCAGAGAUAAUAACGCGGCUUCGCGAUCAAAGAGUAAAUAGAGGAAACCGAGCCUCUUUCGAGAUCGAGCUCACGAAGGGCGACGCACUAGUGCGUUGGUUCAAAGAUGGCUCUGAAAUUCAGUUCUCGAAUAGAAUUCAGCUCACGAUAGAUGGAAAGAAACAAAAAUUAAAGAUAUACGAUUGUGAAGAGAGUGACGAAGGAGUUUACGCUUGCGAAGUCGGUAAUGAUAAGUGUACCGCUCGGCUCACUGUUGAAGAACCUUCCAUUGACUUCACACUGAGAUUGCCGGAGUUCAUCGUGGUGCCUGUCAACACUGAUGCUUAUUUAACCGUCGAAGUGCCAGAAGAAAGUGACAGGGUCACUUGGUUCCGGCGGAAAACCGCGAUCGAAGACUCCGAAAAAUUCAACCUCAUAUCGGAUGGAAGGAAACGUGUUUUCGUUAUCAGAAAGUGCACAGAAGAAGACCAGUGUGAAUAUUCAUGUCAAUUAGAAGAUACUAGAUGUUCGACGAAACUCAAAGUCGAAGAGGCAGGCACCGCCCCCAUGUUCGUGGAGUGUGAGAAGGUUUGUCGCGUACGACGCGGCGCUGACGCUACGCUCACGGUGCGGUACACGGGGCGUAUGGCGCGCGACACGUGGCGGCGCGCCGGCGAGCCUCUCCCGCGCUCCAAGCGACGCAAGCCGGUCUCGGAGCCCGGCGCGGCCUCCCUCACCUUGCGGAGGACCGAGCCCGCUGACGCCGGCGUAUAUACGCUGCGGCUGGAGAAUGAGUUCGGUGACGCGCAACUUGACAUCGAGGUCAUCGUUAUGGACGUGCCGCAUCCGCCCGGCAAGCCCUGCGUGUUGGAGGUGUUGGACACGUCGGUGCACGUGUGUUGGUCGGAGCCCGAACACGACGGCUACUCGCCGAUCCAGUGCUACAUCCUUGAGUACCAGGAGAUCGACACCGCUGAGUGGACCGCAAUAGAAAACAUCAGAUCGUUGCAACGACGAGUCGACGACCUGCACACCGGGUCUUCGUACAGAUUCAGAGUAUUCGCCGUCAACGAAGUAGGCGUCGGUGAAUCGUCCGAGAUCACAGAGUUCGUCCGCAUCGAGACCGUGAUCAAAGAAGGCCCGCCCACUGUCGAGAAACCGUUGAGGAAUGUCGUCGCGUCCCUCGACGAAAACAUUGAAAUGUCGUGCAUUUUCGGCGGAUACCCCAUGCCUACUGUCGCGUGGACCAAAAACGGUAAAACACUACCGCGGUCUACGGGAAGUUACCGCGAUCGUGUAGCGUCGCUAACCCUUACCGCUGCUACCGAGGUGGAGGGUGAAUACCGUUGCAAAGCGAGCAACAAAUACGGUCACGUGGAAACAAAGUGCUCGAUACGUAUACAGCAGAAACCUACAGUGACUAUCGUUGAUGAGGAAAUCGUGAAACGCGAAUACGUAAGUGGGGAGGACUGGUCGGUGGCGGUGCGAGUGACCGGCGUUCCUCACCCGGAGGUUCGCUGGAGGAAAGACGGCGUGGACGUUGACGUGCAAAGGGUCGAAGUCUCCGCAGAGGAAGAUGUGACCACCGUGACCAUAAGAAGUGUUAGGAGGUCUGACACCGGCAAGUACUCCGUGGAGGCGGUCAACGAGGCCGGAGCCGCGUCUGUUGAUAUUCCACUUGCAGUUUAUGACGUGCCGUCAGCGCCGCAGGGUCCCCUCGGCUACUUCGGCACCACAUCCUCUGGGGUCACAUUGACGUGGCAACAACCCGCGUCGGACGGCGGGUGUCCCGUACUGGACUAUAGCGUUGAAGCUGGCGCCGAAGGAAUAUGGCGUCUGGUGACAACUGCGUUGAAGACUGAGACACGUGUGGAGAAACUGGAGACACGAACGAAAUACCGCUUCAGAAUCUGCGCCAGGAAUAGAAUAGGUGUCAGUGCACCCUAUGAAAGCGAUCAAGACUUCACCCUCGAAGAUGGACCAUCGCCGCCGAGCGCGCCGCGUCGUGUCCGCACCGGAGGCGUCACGUCGCGCUCCGUCACGUUACAGUGGGAGCCUCCAGAGUACGACGGCGGCGCGCCACUCACCAGCUACAUAGUGGAGUGCCGCGAGGCGGAGGCGAGCGAGGCGUGGCGCAAGGUGGUGACGGCGCCGGCGGGCUCGCUGCAGCACCGCGUGGAGAACAUCCGCGCGCGCCGCCCGCUGGAGUUCCGCGUGUCGGCCGAGAACGGCGUCGGCGUCGGCCCGCCGGCGCUCUGCGCGCCCGUGCGCCUCGUCGCACACGCCACUGUGCCGUCUCCGCCGACGGGUCCGCUGGAGCUGCGCGCGCUGGGCGGCGCGGUGGCGGCGGUGGCGUGGGGCGUGCCCGAGUGGGACGGCGGCAGCCCACUGCUGGGCUACACGGUGGCCGUGCGCGACGUGCGCAAGACCAUGUGGAUGCAGGUGGGAGAAGUGGACGCGUCCACGCUUCGGUUCCAGAUCCGCGACCUGACGGAGGAGCGCGCGUACGCGGUGCGGAUCUACGCAGUCAACGAGAUCGGCGCCAGCGAGCCGCUGGAGUCGCACGAGCCCUUCGAAGCCGUGCCCGGCGAAGACUCGGUGCGGUCGGAAGGUCCCGGCGAGGCGACGGAAGCGACGGAGCCUACGUCCUUCAGCACGCAGACCACGUCCUGGCUGCGCGACCACAACAUGGACGCUGACAUCCGCUCGUACGCGCGCGGCUCGCUGCUGCGCCGCGACGAGUACUUCUUCCGCAUCUGGCAUUACGCCAAGCGGCUCUUCGAGUAACUGGUCGCUAGUGACUGGUCGCUCGUGGUCAACGGAGACCGGUGACUGGUCGCUGGCGUCGACAUGCACCUUACACGACCGAUGGACCGUAGCGUUUGUCUGAAUAGAAACAUAUUCAGUGUGGUAUUCAGUAUGAUCAGCGAUCAAACGGAUGUAAUGACGUCACGGUCGUGUCAGGGCUGCUACACCCUCUGUGAUAGAGCGCGGCAUACGCCCCGCACCCUUAGCUAUUUACAUAUUUACUAGUUAUUUAUUGUUUAUUUAUUUAUUUAUGAUAUACUCGGGCGAGGGAAGCCGAUAGCCGCGACGCGCGCGACCUUGUUUUGGGAGACGUUUUCGAAUAUAGGUGCAUACAGUUCGAGUAGUCGCGACGCGACUCGGCCACCGGUUUCCCUCGAUGCAAACUUUUGUACAAUAUAAUGGCGAGAUUACCUAA